AUGAAUACUCAUGAUGAGAAUAUUCAAAUUGAAAUUAAUUCUGAUGAUUAUAAUAUUGAUGAGAUUAGUGUCGUGUUCUCGGGAGGAAAUUUAUCCGUGAACAAAUGUUACUUGAAGGUGAAGAAGAAGUGUAAUGAAAGGUUUGUUGUGAAAUUGAGAGAAUUGGAAUGUUGUGAUUUGAUAAUUAUGAAUGAAUCGAAAGGGAAGAUUGUGUUGGAAUAUGAUUGUUUAAUAUUAAAUCGAUUGGAAAUUUCGAAUAACCAACAAGAAGAAGAAACGGUAGUGGAAAAUCAUAGUGAUGUUGAUUUUUGUGAAUUGAUAAUUGGAGACGGUUGUCAAUUUGAGAAUUAUGCCAACUUGCAAGUGUUGAAUUUAUUGAAGGGUGAAGGAUUGGUUAGAAAUUUGGGAAUGAUGUUUUUUGGAAAGGAUGUAGAAAUCGAGUUGAAUAAUUUGGAAAGUGUUGGAAUUGUCAAAUUUCCACAAUUAGAAAGUUUUGUAAAAGAAUUUAAAUUAAUUAAUGGCGAAAGUGAACAAAAUUUUACAGAACCAUUGCCUAGAGGAUACAAUUAUCUCAACAGAGUUGCCCUUUUGAAGGGACUGAUAGGGAAGAAUACUAAAACCAAAAAACCACAAAUUCUCUCCGACUCAAUUCUAGAAUAUUUAAAGGAAAAUCCUGUUAAUUCAUCAGAUGAUUUAUCUGAGAAGGUGAAUGAAUAUCUAUUGAGAGUAGGUGGUACUGAGUACGUCUCUACAUGGGUCUCAACUAUUGCCCCGAAUAUUAGAAAAACACCAUCCGCACAAGGUGAAAUAAGUGAAAAAUUAGAACCAUGGACCACUGUUAAUGUCAAAUCGAUUUAUUGUGGAGCUGGAGAGAAUGAAUUCUGGGCAUGCUUGGGAGAAGAGGCCUUUGUAUCAACAGAUUUUUUGAAAAUUAAGCCAAAAGUCAAUCAUCUACUCUAUCCUAACAUGAAAGGGAGUGAUUUACUAUCAAUCUAUGGACCGAACGAACCAUUCCUCAACGAUAACUUGAAAAAUCAAUCCAAUCAAGAAAUCAUUGUUGUAAAUACUCCAAUAUUGGACAGUAAUUUACAGUCUAUUGGAGAAAAACUUGCUGGAGAUUUGGUAACGGUUUAUGAAUUUACUGAAAUUAAUGGAAAAUCACUUGUAAAAAUAUCUCCUGAUGAGGAACAUUAUAUUGAAUCGGAUUAUCUUUCCUCUGAGAUGGAUAAGAAUCUCCUCAAUAGGAAUAUUCGAGCAUUCCUCGAAUUAAUUGCCUUUUGUGAAGCUACCUAUACAUUCGGAUACAAUCGACUCGUGAAUGGAACACCAACCACUGAUCCAUUCCAAACAUGCUACUCACACGGCAUUGUCAAUAUCACAAGUAAUCUCAAUACUCAUCCGUUCAUUCUCGUCUCCCUUAAUGCCACUCUAAAAUCAACAGCAGCUGGAAAAUAUCAAUAUUUGAAUAGAACUUGGCAUUCCCUCCCUAAAGAAAUUCACAACAAUCUCUUUACACCAUAUGGACAAGACAGAGGAGCCAUUGCACUUUUAAUGAGACGUGAAAGUCUUCAAGCCAUCAAACAAGGCAAUAUUGAACUGGCCCUUAAUUUAUGUAAUAAGGAAUGGGCAAGUUUUCCAAACUCACCAUAUGGUCAACCCACUAAAAAGAUGGAAGAAUGCUUGAAAAAAUAUUCAGACUUUCUAUCAAGAUUACAAUGAAAAUCAAAAACUAUUAAAUCAAAAUUUUUCAAAC